CCCCCGGCUCAUAACCGGGUAGUUGGAGGUUCGAGUCCUCCAAGAUCCACCAAGAUUAGCAAAUUAAGUAAAUUAGUCUACUUAGACCACCAUAAAGGACUAAUAAAAGAUGCGGUAGAAUUUCACUUACUACAAGCUUCUAGUUUUACUUCUGCUCAUACAGAAGGAGAUUUUCGCAAUAGAGGAGAAUUAGCACUACUAAGAGAUGAUUUAACGCGGGUUAAUCAGGUUCUUAGUAUUAAUAAUCCUUGCAUUCAAGACUUUGAAGUUCAAAAAGUAAAAAAUGAGAGAAUUGUAGAAAAGUGUAAAGAGUUGUUAAGUAAGUUAGAAUAG